AAAGGGUAAUUUGACAAAUAACAUGCGAUUUCUCUAUUAGGCCCUGUCCUCUAGUCUGGCUUUACUCUUGUAUAGCGAAAAAGAAAGAAGGAAAUGGUUAUCACAAACUUCAACGGAACCGGGGUUGGAUUUGGUUUCGGCGUUGGUUGCGGUUUCGGUGUAGGAUGGGGUUUCGGAGGUAUGCCAUUGAACUUAUUGGGUCUUGGUGCAGGUGGAGGCUGUGGCGUUGGAGUAGGACUUGGUUGGGGGUUUGGUACUGCAUUUGGUAGCAAGUAUAGGUCCUCACGGAUCACAUUUCAAGGAGUGGAAUUUGAUAGUAAAGAGAAAGUUAAUAGCACGGAUUUCUCAAAACCCAGCACCGAAGUUUCCCAACACAAAUCCAACAAAGACUGCUGGGUGGUCAUCAAUGGCAGAGUGUUGGACGUGACAAAGUUCUUGGAGGAACACCCGGGAGGGGAAGAAGUGAUUUUAGAGGUAGGUGGGAAGGAUGCAACAAAGGAGUUUGAUGCUAUUGGACAUAGCAAAGCAGCGCAAAACGUGGUCCUAAAGUACCAAGUUGGUGUUCUCCAAGGUGCCAUAGUUAAAGAUGUAGAUUUGAAGGAUGUUGUGGACAAGGAAUCUAACACCAAAGAGAUGAGUGCCUAUGUGAUCAAAGAGGAUGGAAGGUCCAAGUCCCUCGCAUUUUAUGACUUUGUUGUUCCCUUUCUUGCUGCUGGUCUUUACAUUGGUUACCGAUACCUCACCAGAGCAGACUCUAUCGCUUACUAGCUAUCGUAUUCGCUUUUAAUUGAGACUUCAAAGUUGGAUGAUAAAAUAUGGGUUCGAUGAGGAAAACUUCUUUUAUUUUUGGUUCAUUGUGUUUGGAACACUUUGAAAAUAAAUUAGUCUGUGCUUGUUUUACUCAUUUUCGAUCUACUUUCCAAUACACUGCCAAGUUCCAACGCAAAUGCAUGUCUUUGUGGUUAUUGACGUGAUUAGUUCUUUUUCUUUUC